AUGUCGUUAAAAAGGAUUUUAGCAUGUCCCAUACUGAGUUGCGUUUUUUGCUUAAUGUUUGCUGAACUUCCUUUAAUUGUUAUUUGUCCUACACUUGAAUAUUUCAAAUUAAAAUCUUUUAAUGAGUUUGACAUUCCGUAUAAUCGAUAUGUUGAAUAUACUUUUGCGACCGUCUUGUGGUUAAACAUUCCAAUCGUAUACACGAUUUACACGAUCAACGAAUUAGGGGACAUCCCAUUCUAUUGUCCGUCAAAUUAUGAUUAUAAAGAUCCAAAAUUACGAACCGUGUGUCAAAUUCGGUUGGCAAAUUUAAUAUGCAUGUGGUUAAUGUUUUUGGGUAUUUUGGUGACCGGCAUCACCAUGUGCAUUCCAAGGGAGUAUCUGAUCGAUUUGUUCAAUGAUGAUGGCAUCGAUGAAGAAUAUCAAAGGUUCAAUAAUAGGGGAGACGGGUAUCAAAGUAUAAAACAAAAUGAUUUGAACAAUAGAAACAUUCUCAUCAUCAAACCGGAUGAACCAAACAGAUCUUCGGUUGGAGGGACAAAUACCAACGGUUCCUCGAAGCAGCAUGAUAAACGUAAAGGAAAGGAGGAAACCUUUGGAUUUAAUAAUGAUGAAUUACAAAUAUUGGCUGAUGAUUCAAACGAUGAAAAUGAUAGACUUAAACAUGUUGUUUAA